UAGAUAAAAGAGAGAAUAAGGCAAAGGCUGAUAAACAGAGAGAGAGAGGCUUUGAGAUAGAGAAAAGAGGGUUUUUGAGAAACUUGUAAAUCAGUGAGUAAUCUGAGAGAGUUAAGGUCAUAUUGAUGACUUGAAUCUUGUAACCUGUACUGCUUUUCGAUUUGAAGCUUCAAUAAGAUGAUCUCUGGCCAGUUCCCCCUGUGGAUGUAGAUCCGAAAGGAUCGAACCACGUUAAAUCCUUGUAUUCUUGGUAUUUUCGUUCUACUCUAUUCUUUUCAGAUUUCGUGCAUUUACUGUAAAUAUUUUUCUUUAAUUCAUUCUUGGUACGUGUUGCUUUUAUUGGUGUUCUUGCUCCAAGAAUACUUUUAUUACAACAGUAUUCUAUGGCAAUCCAUGUUUUUUAUAGGCUGUCACUCACUCCCACCGGUCCACCACUCACCUCACUUUUUUCUCAUGUAUAACAGCUCUUCCCUGUCACCUAUCAUAUUCCUUUCAAUCAAUACAAUUGCUUCCUAAUUCAUAUCAGACGCCAUGGCUGCCCAACCCAAGAAGAUCAUCAUCGACACCGACCCUGGCAUUGAUGAUGCUAUGGCGAUUUUUCUGGCAUUACGAUCACCAGAGGUGGAGUUGAUUGGACUCACAACUAUAUUUGGGAAUGUUUAUACGACCCUGGCCACGAGAAAUGCCCUGCAUUUGCUUGAAGUUGCAGGGAGAACUGAUAUCCCUGUUGCUGAGGGAUCUCAUGUCACUAUUACUAAAGAUAUGAAACUUCGAGUCGCUGAUUUUGUCCAUGGUGCUGAUGGACUUGGCAACCAAAAUUUUCCUCGGCCAAAAGGAGAGCCAAUUGAGCAGUCAGCAGCUGCCUUUCUCAUUGAGCAAGCAAACCUCUAUCCUGGAAAAGUCACAGUGGUGGCACUAGGCGCACUUACAAAUAUUGCCCUGGCCAUUCAACAAGAUCCUGCAUUUUCUAAGAACAUCGGGCAGAUUAUUCUUCUUGGUGGUGCUUUUGCAAUAAAUGGGAAUGUGAAUCCAGCAGCAGAGGCCAAUAUUUUUGGUGAUCCAGAUGCUGCAGAUAUUGUCUUCACAAGUGGAGCAGAUGUUGUGGCUGUGGGCUUAAAUGUUACUCAUCAAGUCGUAUUGACAGAUGAUGAUAGACAGAAGCUGGCAAGGUCAGAUGGGAAAUUUGCUCAGUACUUGUGCAAAAUCUUAGAGGUGUACUUCUCUUAUCAUGAUUAUGCAUACAACACAAAAGGAGUUUUCCUUCAUGAUCCGACAACCCUUCUUGCAGCUGUUGAUCCUUCACUUAUGACAUAUGCCAAAGGUGUUGUUCGAGUCCAGACCAGUGGCAUCACAAGGGGACUGACACUGUUACACGACACACAGAAAAGGUUUGGUGAAGUCACUGAAUGGAGUGAUAAACCCACAGUGAAGGUUGCUGUCACAGUUGAUGCUCCUGCUAUUCUCAACCUUGUCAUGGAGCGGCUUAUGGAUUCCUGAAGAAUUCAAGCUACUGAGUGAUAAAUCAUAAUUCUAGGGAAUUGAGCUCGUUCUCAACAGUCCUCAAGUCUUGGAUGCAACUUCUUGUCGUGGAUUUCAUUUGAGAUAUAUCCCACAUUACAUUGGUUGAGUUCUUGAUGAUUUUCUAUUGUUCUUCGUUUAAGGGCAUCUGAUCUGGUCACUGCCCAUCUAGAUGCAUCUGUUUUGUGGCAUUAAGGUUCAUAUUUUUAUCGUCUUUUAAUAAGGAUGUCGUGAAACAGCAAUUUUAUCUCAAGUCCAACGAAGAUUUGCACCUAA